AUGGAGGAUUCAAGCGAUGAGUCCAAGAGGUUCUCUAUUCAGUUAACGACGCUAUCUACACAAUUGAUGGAGAGUAUUAAUAAACAAACUCAAUUGGAAGACAAGCUACAGCGUUCUCGGAGGACUAUAAUGGAGCAACAGACUGCUAUCGAACAGUAUAAUGAUUUAAAAGUAAAAUAUGAUCAAUUAGAUAAGAAUUUUAACGUAACUAAAGUUAAGAUUGCUAAACUAGAGAAUGAAUCAAAGGAAGAACAUAAGUUAAGAUUAUCGGCUGAACAGAAAGUUGAUGAGUUGAACAAAGAAGUUGAAGAAUUAACAGCGUCUUUGUUUGAUGAAGCUAAUAAUAUGGUGGCAGAUGCUAGACGAGGUGCUCAGGAAAUUGAUAUAAAAAAUAGAAAGUUAGUUGAAAUGUUACAUGAAAAGGAUACAAUUUUAGAGACAAUGAAUUUACAAUUGAAGAAUUUGAAAAAUGUAUUGCAUGAUUUACAAAAUGAUCCUGCAAAUAUUGCAGUUUCAAAUAGAAAUUCUUUAAUAUCAACAACGUCGGCUUCUUCCUCUUCAGUUUCAUUAAAGAAAACAAUUACCUCAAAUUCAACUACAAAUAUAGACUUAUUGAGCAACGCUAUAUAUACUCCAAAAGUACCUGCUGUUCGUUACGAUCUAUACUUGUAUAAUGAAUUUUUAAAAUUCAUCGCAGUUUUACCAUUCUGUGAAUCCAUUAAGCAUACUACAUCGGAAUCAAAACUAUUAAGAAGGUUGAUAAACGAUGAAAUCCAACCUGUACUAAGGCUAGACAAUGCUUCUGGGCUAGGAUGGAUAGUGAAAAGAACUUUGAUGAAUCUAAUGAUCGAAGGUUUAGUUGUAAUAGAACCAUUGAGUGGUGUAAACGAAAACUACAGAUUUUCAAGUUCUGCUCCAGUAUCAAAUGUAAACUCAAAUAACGAUCCAAAGCUCACAUCUAAGAAUGAUCAUCUCUUCAAAUAUCCUUCAAACUCGCCACCAAUUGCAGUUCAUGAACCUUGUGCUUUUUGUGGAGAGAAUAGAAAUGAUGUCUUAGAGCAUGCUAGGAUGUAUAUGUUAAAGACACAAACCAAAAAUGAAGAUAAUACAUUAUCUAUAACUAAUCAAUUCCCGUUAUGUCAGAUGUGUCUAAUAAAAGUUAGACAAACUUGCGAAAUAUUUGCAUUUUUAAGGUCGUUGAAGUUGGGAGCUUGGAAUUUAGAGAAAGUUACUUUGUCUACAAUUGCCAAGGGGGACUCUAAAAAAUUUUCUAGUGUCACAGCUGCCACAUCAAGUAUUUCAAAAUCGAAGAUCGAGGAAAAAUUUGAUAGUAAACUAAUGAAAAGAAGAAGCAUUAUGGCCGGUUUUGGAAUUAGUUCCAUUUCAAAUACUACUACUACUAAAAGUGAAACUUCGGUAGGUGUAGUUGAUCAAUCUGGUUUGCCUACUACUAAUAUUCAAAGAGCAUGGGUCCACUUAUCUAAAUUACGUUCUAUGUUGCAUUGGGCUCACAUCGGGAUAUGGAAUACAGAUAAUGCUGUGACCACUAAAUUAAGACCAGAAUUAUCAGAAUCCAAUCAAAAUGGUACUGAAUUGGAAGAUCAGCAAAUUUUGGCAAAUAUUAAUAAUACUUCUGAAGAAUCUUUUACUUCAGUACGAGAAUCUGUUGAACCAAGUGAUAAUGAAGACGAUGAGCCUUUCGAUUUUGAAACGAAUGAGAGUACUAUUCAAGAUGCAGUUCCUGCUAAUGCAGAGGUUAAUGAUGGGGGUGAAACUGAAACUGAAACUGAAAAUCAUUUGGGAAAUAUUUUGGAUGACUAUGAUACAGAAUCAAUUGGGUUUGAAAAUUCUGAAACUGAACCUGUUCUAGGAAAAGAAAAUGAUUUAACACCAGAGGAAGAAACUAUUGAAAAGGAUGAAAGCACUGUGGGCGAAUCAGCAGAAAUAAUUGAUAUUGUUCAAGAAUCUGAAGUUACUGCGAAUGAUGAUGAAUUGAAAAACGAAGCAGAAGUAACUGAAAUUCAAGAAACCCAUGAAAUUGCUGAAAAUUUAAAAGAAGAAGAAUCAAACUUAGAAAUUGCUGAAGAUAUAGUCAAAACAGUUGAUGAAGAGCAAUCUCCAUUGACUCCUGAAGAUGAGCACGCUGUACCAAUUCACAUUGUAGAAGAAGUCCAAAAUGAAGAAUUCAUUGGAACAAGUAAGGUAGAAGAUAAAGUACUAUUAAAAGAACAAAAUUUCGAUGAAGAUACUGAAAAAGUAGUUCCUAGUAAUCUACAAGUUGAGCAACCUAAGGCUGAAGAGUCCCUUGUAAUUAAUGAAGAAGCGUCUGAAGAACAUUCUGUUGAUAAUGACGAACAAGUCGAAGAAGAAACUAGUACUAUUGUUGAAAAUGAGGGAACUACGGUUGAAGAAACAAAGAAUGAACAGAAUAAGAAGAAGAGGAAUAAGAAUAAGAAGAAAAACAAAAAGCGUUAG